CAUGAAACGUCACAUCAUACGUCACGUUUACGGUAAGAGAAAACGACGGUGAUUUUCACGGGUGAAAUAAAUUUUGUUGUUCCAUCGAUCAAGUAUCCGAUGCUGACGCUACAAUAUCGCCGAAGCAGAUAAAGGAUAAUGUAAACGACAUGCGGAGUGCAAGAGACGGCAUAGGACGGUGAGCGCUAUGUCGAUAGAGUACGUGCCGGUGAGUGAGGGGGAGCAGGACGAGCCGAUCGAGCUGCCGACCGAGGAAGACGGCUCGCUUUUGCUAAGCACUGUUGCGGCGCAGUUCGCUGGUGCCAGCGGUCUCAAGUACCGCGCUGGCGGACGACUACGAGGUUUACGCCUCGUUGACGAGCGCCUGUCGCCGCCGUCCGAUGGCUGGGCAGCGCACCGCUACUGGUGUGCCUUUCCGCGCGCUUCGCCUGAACCCACACCCCGCCCGCGGUGCUCAGACCUCAUCGUACUCGGCUUGCCGUGGAAGACUGGCGAAGACGCCGUGCGUGACUAUUUCACCGGGUUUGGCGAGCUUCUUAUGGUGCAGGUGAAACGUGAUGCUAAAACGGGUCUAUCGAAAGGAUUCGGAUUUAUAAAGUUUGCUGAAUAUGAAUCACAAUUACGCGCUCUAGGGCGGCGCCACAUGAUUGAUGGACGUUGGUGCGACGUACGUAUCCCCAACGGGAAGGACGGCGGUGCUAGCGCCCACCGAAAGGUGUUCGUAGGUAGGUGCACCGAGAACCUCACUGCAGAAGAUCUGCGCGAGUACUUUGGCGCAUUUGGGCAAGUGACGGACGUAUUCGUGCCACGGCCUUUCCGCGCUUUUAGUUUCGUGACCUUCUUGGACCCCGAAGUGGCCCAGUCGCUCUGCGGGCAGGACCACAUAAUCAAGGGCGUAUCAGUGAACAUCUCGACAGCGUCGCCCAAGCGGGAGCGCGGCGCGCGUGGCUCGCAGCUGCUGGGCUGGGGGCUGGUGGAGGGCGGCGGGCGCGUCUUCAAUUGGGCCGGAGACGCCUGGCCGCAGCAGGCCGCGCCCGCGCCCCCCCUGGAUAAGCCCUACCUCAAGUAUGAGUGACAACUCUGUGUACAGUACCGGGACCGUGGGUAUACCCACUAUGCUCUUUGUUGAUCACUGUCAAAUUUUAUAUGAAAUGUGUAAAUAAUAUUAUAAUAUAGUAUGAUGUUGUCCUGAUGUUUUAAUAAUCAGUUGUAUUAAUGAAAGUGACAUUAAACAUAACCUUGUUGUUUACAAGCGCAGAG